AUUUCCCUAAUUCCAAAUUCUUCUCAACUUCCUCAUUAAAAAAAAAAAACCAAAACCAAAAAAUAUAUAAUCUCUUCAUGCUUAGCCUAUCAUGAGCAACAUCCCCAGAUCUCUCACCGACUCAGAUCUUUCUCUAUUUCUUCUUAUAAUCUCUUCUGCUGUUGAUCCUUGGCCUUUUUCUAUCACCGUCUUCUAGCAUCAACCCCCGCUCCAACACCUUCUUCUUUUUACCUCCUCGUCGAUCUUUUUACUCAUUCGUUGUGUUUUCUUGUUUGGUUUCGGUGCAAAAGGUUCCUUCUUUUUGAUGGGUUUUGAGGAAUCUAAUCAAAAACAGAGUCCAAAACAGAGUCCGAAGCAGAUGGUGUUCAACUUUCACUUUCAUGUCCCUCAUCUCCACAUACUCCACCAUCACCACCAUAACCAUCAUGAUGUUCCUAAAGGCUGUGUUGCGAUCUUGGUUGGACACGAAGACGACGAGGAAGGUCUACACAGAUUCGUUGUUCCUUUGGUGUUCUUGAGUCAUCCUCUGUUCUUGGACCUCUUGAAAGAAGCUGAAAAGGAGUAUGGGUUCAAGCACGCUGGUCCUAUUACGAUCCCUUGCCGUGUUGAUGAGUUUAAGCAUGUUCAAGAAAUCAUCGACGAGGAGACUCAUCGCCGUCGUCAUAGUCAUGGUGGUCACGGCCACAACCAUACCCACCACAACAACCAUCUCCGAUGUUUCUGAAGUCUAAUUUGAUUUCGUUGGUUUGGUUUUGGGUUUGACAUGUAAUUGGUUUUGGAUUUGAUUGGUUUGGUUUGGUUUGACAGAUCUCUUUUUUUGAGAUUUUUUUUUAGUUUGCUUAAUCUCUUUUUUUCUUUUCUUUUCUUUUAGUGUAGUUUGAUGAUGAUGAUGAUGAUGAUGAUAAUGAUGAAAAAAACAAAGAGUAAUUCAAAUGUGAAUGCUUUUUUUUCUUCUAUUAAAGAAUGUAAUCGUGAGGAAUAAGGGAAUAAUCGUAUUAUUUGAUUUUUAUUUUAUUGAAAGGAAUGUGAAUAUUUCUUUUC